AUGAUAAAACUGAUGAAAUAUAUAAAACAUUAAGUCACAACUGGCAACAAUGGACACAUGAUCUACAUUGACACCACCCACUGUUGACUGAGCACAACGGGAUUCCUCAGGGUCAACAUAGGUUCCACACUCUGACAUUUGUCGCUCGUUCGCUACGUAAAAAUAAAAGUGAAACCAAAACAGCUCCUUUCUUGAUUAUGAUGAAAUCGAUAAAAUUGUAGCAAAAUUCCAUAGAAAAUAUUUUAACCACAAAAUGAGCCAAAGGAUAACCGACCAAGCAGGAUAGAAUAAGUGGUUUCAUCGGAAAAAGGCAGCCGGUUCAGGUGGUAAGCUAGUGAAAACGACUCAUCAACUUGGGGGAGGACGACGCAUAGCGCUCGCUCUAGUAUAGUAAACAUGAAAAAACUGACUGGAACGUUCCGGAGCACCCAAUGGGAUCCGUACCUGCUGGUGGCGCAAAUCGUGGCCAUGCAGGCCCUACUCUACGUCAGCCUCGGCACUAUCAUGUUCGUGAUGGAUCUGUUUGCCGAGGCCAACCACACGCUGGACCACCUCUUCGAGUAUCACGAAAUUCACGUCACCGACAUUGGUGGACGGCUGGUAAUAUUCGCAUUCGUACUCAACUCCCUGUGCGGUUCCGGGCUGCUGUGGUUCAUCGUCCGGCGCACCAAGCUAUGUUUGGAUUUCAGCGUGACCUUCCACUUCAUCCAUCUGGUCGUUUGCUGGUGGUACAACAGUGCGUUCCCUUCGACCAUCAGCUGGUGGAUGCUGAACGCGGUCUGUACGGCACUGAUGUGCGUGUGCGGUGAGUUUCUAUGUUUGAAAACGGAACUGCGCGAGAUUCCCGUCGGAUACUCGGCCCUGAACAACAAAGUCGAUUUGUAAGACUUCCAUCAGUAAGUGUGUUGGGUAGGGGCAAGCUAAAUUCUUUAAAUGUGUGAUCGUGGUGUAUGAGAGAGUAUGUGAGUGAUUUCUGUUCUCUUUAUGUAAAUACAUUUUCCAAGAGUCGAA